AUGGAUUUAGGCAUGUUGCAGAGAUUUCUGAGGGCAAGCUGCACUUGCUUGCAGCUUAAAACUCCACGUAUUCCUUUUACAGGGCACCCCGCUUCAUCCCCCACAUGGUGUCUGGUUGCCCUGACUUUCCUUACAUUGUGCUUGGCAUUGCUGGUAGGGCUGUUGGCCCUGGGGAUUGUGUUUUCUCAGGUUUCCAGUGACUUCCAGAAACAGAUUGGAAACCUCAAGCGAAACCAGGAAACUCUGCACAUAAGUUCCUCAAAAAGGCUGCAAGACAUGAAAGAAAAUUUGUGUCUGAAAGGGGAAGAAAAUAAGAAUGAUGGACCAAAUUGUACACUCUGCCCUGCAAACUGGCAAUGGAUGGGAGGUGACACCUGCUUCUACAUUUCAAGAGAGAAAAGGUCCUGGAAGCAGAGUCAAGAGUUCUGUUCCUUACAGAAUUCCACCCUUCUCAUGCUACAGGACAAGGAGAAGCUGAACCAUGUACCUCCAAGAGAAACUAGAGACUAUUACUGGAUUGGAUUAUCAUGUAAAUCUAAAGGGAACACCUGGCAUUGGGAGGAUGGCUCAGCUUUUUCAGCACAGAGAACUGAUUGGAUUGACUUGUAUGCAUCGUAUAACUGUGGCUACUUAUCUGGGGUUAUUAUACAGGAAAAUAACAGAAAAUUUGCUAUGAAAGACAAGGAGUAA